AUGUCUGGAUUGGAGGUAGCGGCUGGGGUGAUGGCGGUCGUCACCAUCGCCGCGCAGGUGGCAGGCCUGGCAAUGGACUACGGGAAGAGCGUGCAAAGUGCCUUUGUCGAAAUGAAUAAGCUGCUGGAGGAGGUGAACAGGCUCAAGCACACGGCAGAACGCGUGCAAGCCCUCCUUGACGGGCCGCAGGGCCACUCGCUCCGUGCUUCCAAGCCGCUCCGCGAGGCACUGGAUGAAGCGCUGCCGCUGCUGGAAGCCACCAGGGAGAGGCUUGUUCCGCCUCCUCAUUCUGGCAAAUGGAAGCGGAUGUUGAAGCGAGCAGGCUGGUCGGCUCGGAGCAAGGGUAUCGACGAUAUUGCUGUUGGUCUCGCAAGAUGUGCGCAGAACAUAACGAAUGCUCCCCAGGUCGAUCAGACGUACAUCCUAGCUGGCUUGGAUAGGGAUCAAGUCUUCGAGAGACUGCCUCAUGUUGGCGCAGCCGCAUAUAACUCCUACGCCGAGGAAAACGAAGCAUUUUGUCUACCAGGAACGCGAACAGAUUUGCAGCACACGAUAUUGGCGUGGGCGAAGGAUCCCGCCUCGAGCACCCUGUUCUGGCUUCACGGCAUCGCUGGUACAGGCAAGUCAACCGUAGCUCGAACGAUCGCCAGAACCCUUGAUUCGGACGGUAACCUCGGUGCCAGCUUCUUCUUCAAGAGUGGCGAUGGCGAUCGUGCCAAAUCGUCCAAAGUCAUCACCACCAUUGCGUCGCAACUGGCUGCCGGCGACCCAGAGUUGGCCGCACUGCUCAGGAAGACCCUUGCUUCCGAUCCAUUGUUGCCCGACAAGUCUCUACAAGAGCAAUUCCAGAAGCUGAUAUAUGAGCCGUGGACAGUACUACAAGACUCUUGCCGUCACGACCGAUACCAUGUCGUUGUACUGGACGCUCUGGAUGAGUGCGACGACGCAUCAAGCAUCAAAGUACUCGUCCGCUUCUUUGCACAGCUGUCAACGCUCAAGUCACCGCGGCUGCUUGUUUUCGCUACCAGCCGGGCUGAGCUUACUGUGCGACUAGGGUUCCACGGCGUGCAGGCCACUUAUCAAGAUUUGGUGCUGCAUGAGAUCCCCGAGACGGUGGUAAAGGCAGACAUUGCUGUAUUCAUCGAAACGGAGACAAAACGCAUUCGCAAUGACUACAACGGCACGACCAUCAAAGCCCUUCAGCUGCCGGAGAACUGGCCGUCCAGGCCAGACUUGGAGGCGCUGGUCAGCAUGUCUGUGCCGCUGUUCAUUUUCGCAGCCACUGCCUGUCGCUUCAUUGGAGAGCUGAUGGAGGGCAAACCCCAAGAGCAGCUGGAAACGUUCCUGAGCUACAAAGAUACGGGCGGCGGGAGCACUCUGGCAAGCACGUACACGCCCGUGCUGGAUCGUCUCAUGAGAGGAGUCCUCGACAGAGAGAAGCGUGUCUCAAACUUCCGCAUGGUCGUUGGGACCAUCAUACUCGCAGAGACACCGGUCUCUGCAACCUUAUUACAUCGCUUACUUGAUAUUGAUCUUGCGACUAUUUGGGACAUGCUCAAUCUUCUCCAUUCUGUUUUACGCGUGCCGGAUACCAAGGUGGAAGGAAGUGAGAAUCUGCCCAUCAGACUUUUGCACUUGUCGCUCCGCGACUUUCUGCUCAAUCCUCUGACUAUUGAGCGACAUGCACUCGGCAUCAGCGAGAAGGAGACACACCGCUACAUUGCGCAAUGGUGUCGCAUUACACUGAGUCGCAAGCUCACUCGUAAUAUUUGUCAAUUGUCAUAUCCUGGUUCCUCCAGAAGGGACAUUGAGUACGAGCAACUGCAGCAGCAAAUGGCCCCUGACUUGAUGUAUGCCUGCUCAUACUGGAUGUCUCACACGGCCAAGGGCGGCGUGCCAGGUGAGAUUUGCCACGAAGUCUUGCGUUUUCUUCAACAGUUCCUGCUACAAUGGCUGGAGGCGAUGAGCUGCAUGGGGUCGACGCGUCAUGUAGCACAUGCUGUGCAUAACCUAAGUCAGAUACUCGACAAUGGCCAAGAGGACCUAUUGGAUUUUCUCGAGGACACCAAAUGCUUCAUACAGGCGCAUGCAACGCAGAUCCACGAGGCACCGCUCCAGGUAUACUCGUCUGCACUUGUCUUCUCGCCCAGAUCAAGUAUUGUGCGCCAGCGGUUCAAGGAGGGCGAGCCCAGAUGGCUGUCUCAACUUCCCGCUGCGCAGGAAGACUUGGACUGUGUCGGGCUUACUGUCCCUUAUACGCAUAAUGUCAGGAAUUAUGCGCUCUCUUCGGACGCCAAAAUUCUGGUCACGUACAGCAUGAGUGGUUAUAUCCGCAGAUUCAAUGCUCAAACCGGUCGCCUUAUUGCACGCCUUCCACACAGGAGCGCAACCCCCAAUUGCUUUGUCUUGUCCCGUUGCGCGACUUUCCUUGCUAUAGGCUACUGCAAAUACCUCAAUGUGGCCGGGCAGGAUGAAGCGGCCGGCAGCCUAAAAAUUGUUCUUCUGGACACUGGGGAGCAGUCCUAUGUGUUCGCCAAUGCCGAAGUGGCGAUUGGGUGUGUAGACUUUUCCCCCAACGGGCUGCUGCUAGCCUAUGCCUCCAACGUAGGACGCGUAUCGCUUCGGUCCGUGGUGAAUGGCGAAGAGACACAAUCGUUUAACUUUUCCAUGGUGAUGUGCCAUUCCAUCAAGUUCUCCUCGGACUCGCGGUACCUGGCUGUUCUUGGCACCCUCGACGUGGGUUCCAAAUCAGCCAUGACAAGCAUUUCGAAGAAAAUGGGCAUAGCAAUAUGGGAUGUCAGAAAUUGCUCCAUUGUAUACGUCUGGGUAGAUGUCGCUGAACAGGUCACGCGUAUGAUCACAGAGGGAUCUAUCAUGCCCAUCUCAGCCAGAGUCAUUUUGUCUGAUGCAAGCUCCGAAUCGGCAUAUCUGUACAGCGUUGAGAAACCAAGGGUCCGAAGUCCGGAGAUGUACCUGACGAGGAUCAACGACAACUUGCCUCAAGUCCAGCGUUGGGUUCCUGAAUGUAACCUGAAGCUGUCUGUGACAGGAACCCAAACCUCAAGAGGCUCGCACUCGUGA